CUUCCUUUCUUCCUCCCCCAAUUUCAGUCUUCUCUCGCCAUCGAUAUCGUUUUCUCUCUGUUUCUCUCUGUUUCUGUUUCUCCAUUUUCUGUUUCCACAGCUCACAGUGGCUGAGUUUCAUGAAUCAAGGCUUUCCCAGAAACCCAAAUUCUCCAUUUCUUCUUCUUCUUCUUCUUCUUCUCCACUUUCUGUCACAAUUCCAGACCAUAAUCACCAUUUUUCCCAUUCUGGAACUCCAUCUUUCUCCAGAUUUUCCUUCAAUUCCUCCCACUUUCCCUCCUUGAGACUUGUAACCCCAGUUCCCUCCAUGUUCUCUACCCCCUUUGUUCUUUCCUUCUCCCUCCUCCUUUCUCUUCCUAUCCUCUUCCUUCUCGCCCCUCAUUUCAUCCCUUCACGCCCUCAAUCCAUUCCAAUCCCUCCACCGGACGACCACGACGAUCUCUUUCUCUUCAAUCGCGCCACCGCUGGAUCUAAUCCCAACAACCCAUCUACGUUUUCCCAUCUUUCUUCCACCAACAACCCUAAAUUGAAGAUUGCUUUCCUCUUUCUCACUAAUUCUGACCUCCAUUUUGCUCCUCUUUGGAUUCGUUUCUUCCCCAAUUCCUCAGAUCUUUACAAUGUUUAUGUUCAUGCUGAUCCUUCCAUCAACAUUACACGCCCUGGCGGCCCUUUUCUGGGUCGUUUUAUUGUUGCCAAACGGACUUAUCGUGGGUCUCCUACUCUCAUCUCUGCCACGCGCCGCCUUAUCGCCACCGCCAUGAUUGAUGAUCCUGCUAAUGCGUAUUUCGCUUUAUUGUCUCAGUUUUGUAUCCCUCUUCAUUCGUUUUCUUAUGUUUAUAACUCUUUGUUUUCUUCCACUACUUUUGAUUCUACCUCCACUCCCUCUGAGUUGACUCAUUUGGGUGUGCGGAUUCGAUUCAAGAGUUUUAUUGAGAUUGUUUCCAAAGAACGACAUCUAUGGCAGAGGUAUAAUGCUAGGGGUCGAUUCACCAUGAUGCCCGAGGUUCCUUUUGAGAAAUUUCGAGUUGGAUCUCAGUUCUUUGUGUUGACUAGAAAACACGCGUUGGUGGUUGUUAAUGAUCGGACGUUGUGGAGGAAAUUUAAGAUUCCUUGCCAAAGUUCUGAGGAUUGUUACCCUGAAGAACAUUAUUUUCCAACUCUUCUUUCAAUGAGGGAUCUGAGUGGUUGUACCCAAUACACACUUACUCGGGUUAAUUGGACUGGAACUGCUAAUGGGCAUCCUUAUACUUAUCAAAGUUCAGAGGUUUCUCCUAAGCUUAUUUACCAGCUCCGGAAAUCGAAUUAUUCAGAGUCUUAUUUGUUUGCCCGGAAAUUCACUCCGGAUUGCUUGAGACCUCUGAUGGCUAUAGCUAAGUCUGUGAUUUUCCGGGACUGAAAUCUGUUACUGGUUAAAGACAAAAAAAAAAAAAAAAAGGAAAAAAAAGGUGUCAGGACAGUGCUGUGUAGCCUUACUUCUUGCUAAGGAAGAAGAAAAAGAAAAAGUUUUGUGUGGGAAUACGGUUAUGAAGAGGCGCCAAAGUGCCCACAGCCUGUAAGCCCACUUUCAUCCAGACUGCAGAAUUGCCCGUCCAGAAAAAGCUUUGGACAAAACAAAUUUUUUUUUUAAAGGGAAAAGAAUAGUUCGGGAAAGAGAUACAAGUGAAGCAGAAUGCAAGGUACUCUUGUCGAAAGUUGUAUUUUAAUUUUAAUUUCUUCCACUUUUUGUUCCCUGUAUUUUGAUAAUGUAACAAUAGAAAUACUGGCAGAAGAACUGAAACAAAAAAAUAGAAUCAUUCUCCUGUCAUUUCUAUGGUUUUUUUUUUUUUUUUCUUGUAAAUAUGUAAUAUCAUGGAAGGAAUUGAAGAAUAGAAUGGAUUAUUGGUUACUGGAAAA